AUGACUGCUAUUGGGGUCAAGCAGUUAUUCAAGAAAGGUCAAGCUAUAUGGGCUCACUCGUUCACUAUAUCAACAGCAAAAACACAGUCAGAAGAGAAUAUACCUGCAGCUAUUCAACAAGUGCUGAAGGAGUUCCCAGAUGUCUUUGCUGAGCCCAAGACCUUGCCUCUAAGGAGAAAUCAUGACCACUUCAUUCCUCUGAAAUCAGAAGCAAAUCCAGUUAGCAUCAGGCCCUACAGGUAUAAUUUUUUCCAAAAAAAUGAAAUAGAAAAGCAAGUAAAUGAAAUGCAUCAGAAUGGGAUUAUUCAGCCCAGCCAUUCACUAUUCUCUUCACCUGUUUUACUGGUGAAAAAGAAGGAUGGUUAUUACAGAAGAUUUAUUAAGUCCUAUGGGGUUAUCAGUAGACCAUUAACUAAUCUGUUAAAGAAGAAUGGAUUUCUUUGGGAUGAUGAUUCUGAAGCAGCUUUUCAAGCACUUAAGGAAGCCAUGACUACUGCUCCUGUGUUAGCUUUGGCUGAUUUCAAUGAGCACUUUGUGAUAGAAACUGAUGCAUGUUCUAGUGGGAUGGGAGCAGUCCGGAUGCAACAAGGGAGACCUAUAGCCAUUUUCAACAAGGCAUUGGCACCUAGACACAUGGGGUUGUGUCUACCUAUGAGAAGGAGUAUAUGGCUAUUUUUUCAGCUGUAG